AUGAAACGGCUCAUUGUCCUCACGGUCUCUUGGUGGAUCUUGAUCCUUGCCUACGUGGGGGCUCCUUGUAGGCUCGUGGGGGAGAUUGAGUACUACACCAUGGCACUGUUUGCGUGCCAACGGCUUCAGGGCCUUCCGGUGGAGCUUCCCACACUGAGCUUGGUCUUCUGCCUCGUGCUUUGCAUCGUCUUCCUUCCCAACUCGAUGUUGAAAGUGUCGACAAUCCGGUGGAACGCCUUGCUGCACAGUAUCGGCGUCGCCACUCUAGCCCUCUGUGUCCUCAAGCCUCUGCUUUCCAGCAGCACCAUCUUCGAAACGCUCUUCAUCGAAUCCAUGGAGUUCAUUGGCAUUGUCACAGGGAGGGCGGCGGCCGUUUACUUGGCCGUGAUGCUGCUCGUAAUCUCCCGGCGCUCGGUGUUGUCAGAGUGGCACGGCUUGGAUUACACGGAGACGAUUGCAUUCCACAGGAUUUCUGGAUGGUGGGUGCUUGUCAUGAGUCUUCUACAUUCCCUUGCUUUCGUGGCCUACUACUUGCAGAGAGGUGGAUGGCGUGAGCUUUUAGAGUCAUGCAUUCCGGUAGCGCUUUCGUGCAGCGAUCCAGAGGAUCCAUCGGCUUGCUGGAACACACUUGGGCUGGUGAACGGCUUUGGAGUAGUUGCAACUGCUGCAGUCAGCAUCCUGGCCUUCCUCUCGCGAGAGCAAGUGCGCCGCGGUGCCUACAACCUCUUCUACUUCACCCACGUGGCCCUGUCUUUCUUGUUCAUUCUUUUCUGUGGGCUCCAUGACUUUCCCAUGGUGAUUCUUAUGUUUCCCGGCCUGGCGUUCUACAUGAAAGACCGGAUCGUGGCUUUCUUCACCCGCCAGGAACUUUCCGAUGUAUCAGCAGAAGUUCUGUGCCGAACCGGCACUUCCGACGUGAUCCUCCUCACGUGGAGCACAGCACCAGACACUAAGUUUAUGCCCGGCACCCGUUGGGUCUACCUCCAGGAGCCGCGUGUUUCCAGAAUGCAGUGGCACCCAUACUCGGUGGUCCAGCAGGGGUGCCGCGCGCAGGUGCUCGUCAAGGGCGCGGGGGACUGGUCCGAAGCCCUCUGCAGCAAGGCGUCCCGGGUGUCCCAGGAUUUCAAGCUCCGAAUUGAGGGCCCCUAUGGUAAGCCCAAUGUCCAAGAUGUCCAAAGCAGCUCCCUGAGUUCACUGAGUUCCCUGCCGCCCCGCAAGCUCCUGCUCGUUGCAGGCGGCGUUGGCAUCUCCCCUUUCAUCGACCUCCUCUGCGGUCUGCACUUGGUCCAGGAGGGGUGGCAGGUCCAGGUGCUUUGGGCCGUUCGGGGUGAGGAGUUCGCUGGGAUCGCAGCGGCGGUGGACUGGCGGCGACUUUGCCAGAAAGCGGAGAUUUCGGUCUUCGUCACCUCGGGAGGCGCGGUGGAGUCGCCUCGUAGGCUGGUCGACCACAGGAUGGGCUCGAGCUGCGAUGUGGAAGCCGCCGCGGGCGCCCGCCAAAGGUGCAGGCACAGGGUGCUGAUGCUGUCCUUUCUGUUCAUUACACUGGGUGCGGUCGCUGCGGACUUUAUCGUGCACAACUGGAGCAUCUGGGCCCGGCGAAGGGCCUACAGUCUCCUCUCCUGGACCUCCCUUGCCCGAUGUGUGCCGCUGCUUCUGGUGUUCAUGGUCCUCCUGGUUGUUACCCUACUGAACUUCACGCUCCAGCGGCUCUCAGCUCUCAAAGCACGCUGGGGCCGCCUGGAGGACUGCGCGCACUUGCGGGAGGAGAGAAGAGCCGAGGGUCCAGAGCCAAACCUUCGCAUCCAGCAUGCGAAGCCGGACUUGCAGCAGCUGGUGGAGCAGCAAGCGGAGCUGGGGCCGGUCGAGGUGAAGGUGUGCGGACCCCAGCGGAUGCUUGCAUCGAUCGAUGCCACGGUGCUUCAGCUGAAGAAACGCGGCCUCAGCGUCGAGCUCGACCGCUUGGAGUCGAGCCUAUGA